CUCUGAUUGAUCAACUCAAAAAACACCAAUGUCCUCCAACAACACACACCACAGCCUCUGAUCGCCUCAUCUUCUCCACUGGAGCGAGAGGAUCAGAGAGAGGGGGAGCAGAAGUGACUGGGAGAUACAGCAGCAUCACUGUCAAGCAUCUCCCUUACUGGGGGAGAGAGGGAGAAGGACAGAGCGAGAGAGCAAGGAGGGGAGAAGAGAAGUGGAAGAAGUGAUGAGAAAAUAAAAGAGGUGGGGGAGACAUAGCUUAACAUUGAGAGAAAUAAGUUUCGAGUUGGCCAGAGGACAAGUGAGGGAGAGUUUUUGGGUAAGAGAGUGUGGUGGGUGGCAGUGGUUUGGGAGCUUCAUUUUUCCUUUUCUUUCACCGCCCGCAAGAACUGCUUCCCUCCUCUCUUCUCCAGUCCCUCUCCUCCUCCUCCUCCUCCUCCUCCUCCUCUCUGCUCCUCUUCUCAUCCCGACUCUCCUCUCCCAGCUCCCGCCGUGGGGUCUCAGCUCUCUGUCACCCUCCCCCCCUCCCUUGCUCCCUACCUCCCCCGGGCUCUGCUGGGAGCCUCCGGGCUGCUGCGCCGCAGGAGGAUGUCUCGCAGAGAAUCGCCACCUCCACCUCCGCAGAUGCUGGGAGUACGGAGAGGAGAUGUGGAGUGUGAUGAUCGUCCGGAGCGCACCGAGCCUCUCACCGACACUGAAAGGGAGAUCAUCCAGGACACGUGGGGGAUUGUCUACAAGAACUGCGAGGAUGUGGGGGUGUCCGUUCUCAUAAGGUUCUUCGUCAACUUCCCAUCAGCCAAACAAUACUUCAGCCAGUUUCAGGACAUGGAGGAUCCAGAGGAGAUGGAGCGAAGUAGCCAACUUCGGCACCAUGCCCGCAGGGUGAUGAAUGCCAUCAACACUGUGGUGGAGAACCUCCAUGACCCAGAGAAAGUCUCAUCAGUACUAGCCCUGGUGGGAAAGGCCCAUGCGAUCAAACACAAGGUGGAACCAAUGUACUUCAAGAUCCUGAGUGGCGUGAUGCUGGAGGUGUUGUCUGAAGAUUUCCCAGAGUACUUCCCAGCAGAGGUGCAGAUGGUGUGGACCAAACUGAUGGGAGCAGUUUACUGGCAUGUGACAGGGGCCUACACAGAUGUGGGCUGGCUCCAGGUCUCCAGCUCUGCAGUGUGAACAGUUUGGGAGAAGAGGGGUUAAAGAAGUUUCAGAUGCAAGGAGUUCUGUAAGGAUGGUUGCACAGACAUGGAUGGGAGUAACGUGGUAAUCCGUGUGACACUACUUUAUUUUGGUGUUAUUUUGGUGCUAGGCCUUCUUUGCUGUAGUGCUCCUACAUCGCACUUUCCAUCAAACAAUGUAGCUAAACGACAUCUUACUUUUCUUAUAGAAGUUUGAGCAAAUGCAAGUGGUGCUUUGGUGUGUGUACAACAGAGGCUAUCGCUGCCAAUGCUAGCUAUAUAAUUAUUUUGCUGUUGAGUCUAAAUAAGACAGAGUUGCCAAGAUCCAAACUUGAAAUAACUGGUGGCUUUUACUAUUCUUUUACGUGAAAUGACCACUGACCAUUUGCUAAACUCUGUGCCAGUCAGUUGCUGUGGCCUGACAAGCUUUCCAAUCUUGCACCAUAUGCAGUUUAUAACAACAAUGAUGGUAGAUAAGCUUCUAAAUGUCUCAGUAAAAGCAAUGAUUCCCAUUUUCAAAGGUAAUGCAUUUCAUUUUUAGCUGAACACUAAUGAUUUAGCAAACUGUAACAAUGGUUACUAGCAGUCUUAAGAACUAGCUAGGACACUAAUUCAUGUUAGCUUAGCAAAUUAUUUAAUAAUGCUCUUCAAUCAGCUAAAAAAAACAAACAUAAAAAUGUCCUAAAAAGUGCUUCACAAAAACAUUACAACUAGUUCAAAUGGAACUCAUAAAGUUGUGCAUUCGUGUUGAUAAGUGGUGUAAAGGAAAGGCUUUGUGUUAAAGUGUAUUUCAAGCGAAUAGAAUCACCAUUGCUUGGCAACAACAACAUGGACGCCAUGUUGUUAGCCUGAGACGAAAAAGAACAGAUAACAUAACAAAUCUAAGCUAAUGUUAGGAGAACAUGAGACAGCAGGAAUCAUUACGUUAAUGUUACAUCUGAUUGACCAAAGAAAGGUUGUUCUGGUUUUUACACAUUGCAGGAUAGCAAACAUUGUGAUGUUGUGACGACCAAAAGAGAGGGGUGUUCCCAUGUUUUUUCUCGUGGACACAGUAAACAUGGCCCCAUCUGAAGGAACCAUUAAGGCCUACACUGUUGAUUUGGCCAACUUUAAUACUAGCUGUUGCACAUAUUGGCCACUGUUGUCAUCAAGCUAAUGAAUGCUAGCUAAGCAAAUUAUUUAUUUGACAUCUCCAACUGACUUCUUAAAAAGAUAAAGUUCUGCCAAAAGGUCCCAACAAGCUCUUAAAGGAAACAUAACAACAAGUCAAUUUGCGUAAUCCUCAUGGUUGCAACUUAAAUUGUCAUAUUGAGUGGUUAAAUUUGCCAUUGUAAAUGCAUCUCACAUUAAUAAUGGCAGACAAGAUGAUAACAUUCUCUGUAAAGUUUAAAAUGAUGUUUCCUGGAUUUCAGGGAAAAGUAUGUCUCCUAUCUUUCUCUAAACACUGUUGAAUUUAACAUACUAUAAUAAUUGUGCUGGUAGAUUUUAUCAGCUACUACUAGCUAGCUAAGUGAGACAUUUGACAAUGCUAACUCCAAACCACUUAUUAAAGGAAAAACUAUCUCAUUAAAGUGACAUAACAGCUUGUAGUUGAUAUUUACUUAUAGCUAAUGCUGCUCUUUGUCCCCUGUAAAACGAGAGUUUAAAAGAGGAGCAGUAUACUAGCUAGUCAAAGUGACUAAUGAUUUUAAAACUAAAGAGAAAAGGGAGAAAUGCUGUAUCAUAAUACCCUAUGAUACAAAAAUUCAAAAAGCUAACACUACUCAAUGGCUGUGUAUGUCUGUGUAACCACACAAACCAAUGAUGUGAGAUGUUGACGUACUAAUCUUUAUGUGUUAUGCUUAUUAGCUAGACAUGCUAGUAUAUGCAGUUCAGAUGCGGUUAUUAGGUCAUCAAAUGUUGAGGGUUGAAUGAAAUAUUAACCUUCAUACUCUUAAAUAUUAUGUAUUCCUAUCAUCGCAGCUUCAUAAAAACUGCUUUAGCAUGUGGAGAGCUUGACAGGCCUGCUGUGUCUCGUCACAGAAAGGUUUGGAUGUUACAUUGGACAAUAGCGGUACAGGUCUGUGUUUAGUGACAGGUAUGCUGGGAUUGGCAGACACAGACAUUUAUCUAUAUAGGAAAAUGUUACGGAUUAUUACUUUACAAAGUUCAUUUCUGUUGAAACCUUCAGUUGGAGAAGCAUCUAUGGGCUGAGCCGCACACAUUAAUACACCUCAUGAUAUUUUGAAAGAGACAGAGAUUGAGAAAUAUUUAGACAAGAAAUUAUUUAUAAGCUCUGAGAGGGGGGCAGUUAGCUGUUGAUGCCCCGGCUAAGGGACCAUGGAGCUGCUGACUGUUAAUAGAUCCUCUUUGUGUCCUACUACAGUAUAUCCUCAUGUUAAGGGGACCUGUGCCCCUUUCUCUCUCUAUUAAUACAUUGUGUGCUCUUAAUGUCUUGUUUAUCUUAACUGAGGUGUUGUUUGUAUAAGUGUACAGUGGGAAAGUGUGCAUACUCUUUUGCCUUUUUUUUUUUUACAAUUCAUUGACACGCUGAUCUCCGGACGUGUUGGAGAGGGCUUUCUUGUCUUUGCUGAAGUCUUGAGACUAGCAAAAAUGCUUAAAAUGUUUUAUUUGCCUGACACUUUUAUUACACAAACAAUUCUGAAAGUCAGACGGAAAGUUUCAGCAGAUGGUCACAAUUAGCAACCACACAUGUACACAUCCACACACAGGCAUGCAAGACCUCCCAUAUGCUAAUAUUUACAGGGCUGUCAGGUGGUUUACCUCUUAGAAACCCCAUCAGAGAGACAAGUUGCGUUUACAGCUCCAUUAAGAGCUUCAGAAAGUUAAUCCAGAGGUCAAGAAAAACAUGUCAGCUUAAUAAGUGCCAUUGGACUGUUUCUUUAGAUCCCUGACCCAUCCAACAAGAUGUUUUUGUCACAGUCACUCAUAUGCAGACAUCAUUUUAUCCGACCCCUCUGGAAACAUUUCCUCUCCUGUCAAACUUUCUUCUUUACCUUACCUAACCUUCCCUCCAACUCUUCAGUAACCAACUCCCAGUGCUCCUGCUAGAGUCUCUCUCAUGUCAAUUCCCAAAAAUACACAGUAAAUCUGUUUAGGAUGAACAUUUGAUCCAAUCUUCAGUCUGCAUCUGCUCCAGUGAUGUCCUGUAUCUCUUAUCUGACCCCCUUUGGCAUCUGGGUUCGGCAAUAAUGAGGAGGUAAUGAGUCUCCUCUCCUCCUCAUUGGUCGUUCAUCCACUUUAACCCUCCCUCCCUUAUAGGACUGAGUCACUGCCAACUAAAACAAUUAGGACAAGACAGCUGGUCUCAUACCUGCCACAGCACGACGGCCAUUCACAACAAUGCUUCACAAAACUCCUUUCUUAACUUGUGGAAUAAAAACAUUUGUAUAAUUUAAGGUGACUUCCUGAAGGUAUUCAUUCAUUUAUGGCUUGCCUUAGACCAGGUAUCUGAAAACUCUAGAAAUUAGAUAAAAUUCAUGGCCUCUUAAAAAUGUAAAUUGUUUUAUUUUUAUCAACAAGAGAAAAUAUUGAGAAAACCAACUGUUACAUAAAUUAAGUUAUGAAUUUACCAUGGUCUAUGGUAUGCCUUUCCCUGGAGAAGCGUCUCAUCCUCCCCUGGUUGGUGAAGUCCAUACUGAUAAAUCAUAAAUAAGUGUGUUUCCAGCUCCUCGCUUUCAGGCAUAUUUUUACUUUGCCCACAGAAAAAAUAUUUUUGACUGACAUGCUGCUAAUAUGAAGAAAAAAUAUUGCAUGGGUGGAAAGUUCUUGUCUCAUCUAAAGCUAAAUACCACAAAUUUCAGUGGAGACAAUUAAUGCAAUUAAACUCUUAAUCUGAAAAUAAAAUCCUAAAUCCCAUUUUCAAAUUCUAAAUUUCCUGUUGUAUUAUAGGUGAGUAAUAAGACAUUUAUACAGAUGCCGUUUUGCAGGUGCAGUGCAAAUUAUUCCACACAACUGCUAUGCUCAAUCCACAGCCAUGCACUAAAACCAAAAACUCCAAUUAUCUAAGGUAGAUAUCCCCUACAAAAGUCAGUGCCCCAGUUUCGAUCCCCCCAGUCAAAAGAACUCUUUCUCUGCACCUUCCAAGUCCUCAGGCUUUCUGGCUUCAGAAUCUGUAAAAACCUCAAUUUACAUUCAGCUUUCACACAAGUCUAUCAAGAGGCCCUAUUAAACAAGCAGCCCCACUUUCAAGGCUUGCCCCUCGCUCACAUAGUGAGAUGUCUGACAAUUAAAUAAAAAUUCUCACAACAGUCAAACAAACGUCAAGCUCAACUCUUUCUUUUUGGCUAAAAUAGCUAAGGAGGCAGUAAAACUUGUAUCACUUACAAACGGUUCAGUUUAAAAUACACACCAGUCCUAUUUUUUGUCCAGCCCCUGACGUCAGAGUCUCUCUGAGGUUGGACCUCAAGCAGCUGAGGGCUCACUUGUUCAUCUUGUUUAUUAAACAGUGUUGCGUCAAACCUGAUCUGCAAACGCUUACAUACACAGACAAAAUGGAGACAUAAUAUUGCUUGUGCAAAACUGCAGAUUUUGUAUGUCUGUGCAAGAGCAGCCUUUUCUCCUCACACUAUAAACGUGUACGUAAAAUUAUGUUUGGACACAUCCCAAGGACACUUAAUCACAUUCUUUUUCUUUCUCACGCAAAAACACACACAUGGUCUUGCAUUAAACUCUCUGAGCAUGUUCCCGCAUUCCAAGUGUAUGACUGCAGAACAUCAUCUGACCUAUGUGUUUUCAACUAUUUCAAGCUGAAAAAUAGACCAACUUUACUAUUCUCAUUUGUUCAUUUCACACAUUCAUUCUCUUUCAGCAAAUAAGGGCAUCACAUCAUACGUGGAACUCUGUGUUUUUGUUGUGAAACGUUUCUGUCAAUCAGUUGAAAAGUUAGGACUUUAUAUUUUUCUAAAUAUAACUAUGAGAAGGAUUCUAUGUAUUUGAAUACUGUAUAUGAAUAUGUUAUACUGUAUACUGCCGUGUUGGGAGGGAGCGCAGUGGCUUUGUAGUGUUUUGAGCAUGUUUGCACAGUCUACCAUGGACUUGUACCUUUGCAGACGUGGUGAACAUGAAUCAUGAACAUCAAUAAAAUAUACUUGUAAAUUUGA